GGCGCGGCUCAGGCCACGCCCACCCGCUGUGCGGCGGUGGGCACUUUGUGAGUUUGGGGAUUAUUGCGUCCCGCAAGCGGACUCAGAAGGGACUUCCCUGCUCGGCAGGCUCCCAGUUUCUCGGCUCACCUCCGGAUAAAUUGCGGCGUCUUUCGCGACGCGCAUGGCUCCUCCCAGCCGCCGCGAGUGUCCCUUUCCUUCCCGGCGUUUUCCUGGGUUAUUUCUGGCGGCCCUGGCGUUGCUGCUGUCCUCCCGCUCUGAUGCAUGUGGGCCGCCACCAACAUUUGUAGCUAUGGAGCUCACUAGCAGACCAAAACCCUAUUAUAAGGUUGGGGAACAAGUGGAAUAUGACUGUAAGAAAGGAUACCACCACUUUGCUCCUUUCCUCACCCAUACUGUUUGUGAUCGGAAUCACACAUGGCUACCGAUCUCAGAUGCGCCCUGUGUUAAAAAAGUGUGUCACUAUAUACCUAAUCCUGCACAUGGCCAAGCAAUCCUUGCAAAUGGGACUUACUCAUUUGGAAAUCAGCUGCACUUCAUUUGUAAUGACGGCUAUUAUUUAAUUGGUAAAGCAAUUCUAUAUUGUGAACUUAAAGGAUCUGAUGCAGUUUGGAGUGGUAGGCCCCCAAUAUGUCAAAAGAUUUUGUGUAAACCACCUCCAACAAUAAAAAAUGGAAAACACACCUUUAGUGAGGUAGACGUAUUUGAGUAUCUUGAUGCAGUAACUUAUAGUUGUGAUCCUGCGCCUGGACCAGAUCCAUUUUCACUUGUUGGAGAGAGCACGAUUUACUGUCGUGACAGUUUAGGAUGGAGUGGUGAUCCUCCAGAGUGUAAAGUGGUCAAAUGUCGAUUUCCAGUAAUCGAAAAUGGAAGACAGACAGCAGGAUUUGGAAAAAAAUUUUACUACAACGCAGCAGUUAUGUUUGAAUGUUAUGAGGGUUUUCACAUCAUUGGCAGUGACACAAUUGUCUGUAACAGUAACAGCACUUGGGAUCCCCCAGUUCCAAAGUGUGUUAAAGAGCUGCCUCCUUCCAGUACAAAACCUCCAACCUUGAGUCACUCAGUGUCAACUUCUCUCGCUACAACAUCUCUAACUUCCAGUGUCUCAGGUCCUAGGCCUACGUACAAGCCUCCAGUUUCACGUUAUCCAGGAUAUCCCAAUCCUGAUGAAGGAAUGCUUGAUGGUUUAGAUGAAUGGGCCAUUGCUCUGAUUGUUAUUGCUAUACUUGUUGGAGUUGCAAUAAUUUCUGUUGGCCUGCACAGAUAUCUUCAAAGAAGGAAGAAGAAAGGCACAUACCUAACUGGUGAAACCCACAGAGAAGUAAAUUUUACUUCUCUCUGAGAAGAAGAGAUGAGAGAAAGGGUUGCUUUUAUCAUUAAAAGGAAACCAGAUGAUACAGCUGAAUAUGCCACUUACCACAGUAAAUCAGCCACUUUGGCAGAGCAGAAAAGCUGAAUGGAUCCCACGACUUGGUUGGCCAGUUCAUCCUUUGAUUCUAUUAAAAUCUGUUCAUAUCCAGUAGUUACUCUCUAGUUUCACUCUCAUGAGUGCAACUGCAGCUUACCUAACAUUCCAUUGUGGCUUGAAUGUAGCUUUGAUGGUUCUUUGAAACUUGUUAUCAAUUUGGGUAUGAACAUAUUGCCUGUUUUCCUUUAAAUAACACUCAGAUUUAUUGGACCAGUCGGCACAGCAUGCCUGGUUGUAUUAAAGUGGGGGAAGUGCUUUAUUUUAUAAAAUUGGCAAAAUUAGAGAAAUAUAGUUCAAAAUGAAAUUAUAUUUUCUUUGUAAAGAAA